AUCGUUCUGGCGCUUCAGACACAACGCUGACAGGUGUAUUUUGCUUCUAUGCGUCGCUGUUACGUAACUUAAAAUGACUGUAGUCGCUGCUUUUUAAGUUUUCCAUCUGUUUGUUCCUGUCUAGUUCGUUCGGAAAUGCCCAGAAUGGCCAAAACGGAGGAAGCCGUGACAAUGUUCGUAGAUGGAUCGGGCCUGUCGUCCAAUUUUUUCUUUCUUUUUUGCUCUUUGAUCGUUUUCUGUUACUGGAAAAAUUUGGUCAUCGACAGUCAUUGCAACAUUCAGCUCCACUGGUUGCGUUCUCGCUUUCCCAGCCUUAAAAGGGACUUGCAGGUGCUUUCAUCCUCGAAGAUGGCUUCUUUCUAAUUUCCUCUUCUAUUCGCACAAAGAUCUACCUGCAGUUGCCCCCUUCUUGCAUAAUCUGAUCUGCGUGUGCAUUCAACCCCUGCUCCCCCUCGUUCAAACCCCCUUGUUCUAAAGAGGGUAUGGGAAUCGAAGAACCCAAAAUCCAAGCGGACGACGAAUCCAAAAAUGUCGUUCCUUUCGAGCCCAGCAGCGACAACGUAGAUGCGGAAGCUGCAGUGUCCCCCCCUCAGCGCAUCACCUUCAGGCCAGAUGAGAAGGACUACGGCGACAACUCCAGCUAUGCGGUCCAACCACGGUUGAGCCGCCAUCGCUCGCGCAGCAGGGCCUCGAUUUCGAGCUCUCGCUCGCGCAGCCGUGCUCGCUCCAUUUCUGAAAUCCCCAUCGAGUACCGUCGUAUGAGCUUCCAGCUCUCCGAGUCCAAUCGUGUGCGUGGGCUUUCCAUCGACCAACGUGGCGUGGAAUAUGGGGACAAGACCCCCAUUAGUAGUUACAAUGAGAAAGGCAAACCUGAGAAAGGAGGAAAGAAGGUCGACGAUACUGCUACCUUUGAGAAUCUCGAGUACCACUCCGUCGACGCAGAUACACUCUGCGCACAGCUAGAUGUUGCCCCCAACGAUGGUUUAUCAUCGACUGAGGCAGCUUCCAGGUUGGCGCGCGAUGGGCGAAACACGCUUCCUCAUCGUCGCCAGAACUAUGUUUUGAAGCUGCUCAAGUACAUCUUUGGUGGAUUCUGCUCAGUUCUCUGGAUCGGUGUUAUCAUCUUUUUCAUCUGCUGGCGCCCACUCGGCGAUCCAAAUCCCGCGCCAUACAACCUCGGUCUUGCGAUCCUCGUUCUCAUCGUGAUUUUCCUACAGGCUUCUUUCUCCGCUUUCCAAGACUGGUCUACAGCGCAGACCAUGAAGGCAAUUCUCGACCUCCUUCCUGCAGAUGCAUUCGUGGUACGGUCCGGCCAGACAGCGAAACUGCCGUCGUCAGACCUUGUUGUCGGCGAUAUUGUCAAGCUCAGUAUCGGAAACAAAGUCCCAGCCGACCUACGUCUUCUUAGCACAUCCGGUGACCUACGUUUUGAUAGAUCGAUGCUCACGGGUGAAUCUGAUGAAGUUGAAGGCGCUACAACCAUCACCGAUACAAAUUUCCUCGAAACUCGGAACAUUGCGAUGAUGGGCACAAUGGUUACAAAUGGCAGUGCAACUGGAGUGGUUGUACUGACCGGCAAAAACUCAGUCAUGGGGCAUAUUGCCUUGAGCGCAACCUCAGUGAAAACCCAGGCGACGCUGAUCCAGCGCGAAAUCAACCGCUUCGUGAUGAUUAUUGUCGGGCUAACUGCUUUCCUCGCUAUUUUGCUUCUGGUCACCUGGGCUGGAUGGCUCCGCCGUGACCAUUUCGCGUUUAUGAAUGUCAUUGAGAUGCUGGAUGAUGUGAUGGGCUGUGUAGUGGCGUUCAUCCCCGAAGGUAUGCCUGUUGGCGUGGCUCUCACAUUGAUGAUGAUUGCGCGUCGCAUGAAGGAAAACAACAUCCUACCCAAAGGGCUUUCGACUGUUGAAACGCUCGGUUGUGUGAAUGUCAUGUGCUCCGACAAGACCGGUACUUUGACUGAGAACCGCAUGGCUGUUGUCACAGCCACAUUCGUGGAUGAAACUAUGCCAAUUGACACAGCUAUCACUACGAUUCAGGACAAGAGCUCCGUAGCUUUGACCGAACUUCACAAAGCAGCUGCUCUUUGCAAUGACGGUGCAUUCGAUUCGUCAACCAUGGACAAGCCAAUCACCCAGCGCCUUGUUCAGGGUAACGCCACAGAUGGUGCGAUGCUCAAGUUCGUCGAAACUGUGAAAGAGAACUCUUUCAAAUCGAUGAAAAAUGCCAACCCUCAAGUAUUUCAGAUCCCAUUCAACUCAACCAACAAGUGGAUGCUCACCCUGCAUAAAACCGAAAGCGAGCAGGCUACGGAUUCGAGCUAUCUGAUGGUUGUCAAAGGCGCGUCCGACAUCCUCUUGCCACGCUGCUCCCGUUACUGGUCCUACAAGACCAACACCAUUCAGCCCCUCGAUGAAAACGCAAGGUCGCAGCUCUCUAGUGUCCAGGAGAAAAUGUCUCGCAAUGCUGAGCGUAUUAUAAUGCUUUGCCAGCGCUAUAUCACUCCCCGCGAAACUGUCGGGUCCAAUGCUUUCAGCGACGAAAUACAAACUACUGGAAUGACUGAUCUAUGCAUCAUUGGCCUUCUUGGUAUAAUUGACCCCCCUCGCAAGGAGACCGCAGCCACUGUGGCAUCUUGCCGUCGUGCUGGUAUUCGCUUCCUCAUGGUUACCGGCGAUCUUGGUCUCACGGGUGCAGCUAUUGCUCGCGAAGUCGGCAUUUUCACCAGUACCGCUGAACCGGAUACGAUGGAGACACUCGUUCAAAGACGCGGACACGCAAUCGAACAAAAGGACAAGAGCCAAUCCGAGGGUGAUGAAGACAGCAACAGCAGGAACAGCGAUUGGUCACAGACCAGUCUUCUUCUAGAAGGUCCGUCAAUCCCCAACCUCACAGACGAAGACUGGGAUCUCGUCUGCGGUUACCAAGAAAUUGUCUUUGGUCGUACCAUGCCGGAUCAGAAACUCAAAAUCGUCAACGAAUUCCGCAAACGCGACUAUGUUGUUGCCGUCACUGGUGACGGUGUCAACGACGCUCCAGCCAUGCGUGCAGCAGAUGUCGGUGUUGCCGUUGUCUCCGGCAGCGAUGUAGCGCUCGAAGCAGCAGAUCUUGUUUUGAUGGACAAAUUCGACUCAAUCGUUGAAGCCAUCCGUCUUGGCCGUCUUGUCUUCCAGAACCUCCAGAAGGUCAUCAGCUAUCUGCUUCCUGCAGGUUCAUGGUCCGAAAUUUGGCCCGUCCUUAUGAAUGUGUACUUUGGUGUCCCCUUGCCACUGUCCUCGUUCUUGAUGAUCAUCAUCUGCGUUUUCACCGAUUUAUUCCUGGCUUUGUCCCUUAUCAUGGAGCAAGAAGAGUUCGAUCUACUCAGCCUACCGCCACGCAACCACAAGAAAGACCAUCUGAUCAACCUCAAGAUUUACAUUCAGAGCUAUCUCUUCAUGGGCGUCAUGGAGACCAUUGCCGCUCACUCAAUGUUUUUCCUAUACAUGUACAAGCACGCUGGAAUUCCAUUCCACGCACUUGUUUUUGCAUUUGAGAACUACUCAGAUGGGUUCUACGGAUACACCGAAGACGAACUCACCAACUUCAACACCGUCGGCCAGAGCGUCUACUUCAUCACCCUCGUUAUCCUCCAGUGGGGCAACAUUCUCAGCGUCCGCAACAAGCGGUUGUCGAUUCUGCAAGCCGACCCAUUGACGCAGAAAAAGAGACGCAAUCCUUGGCUUUUCGUGGGCGCGAUUAUCAGUCUUGCCAUUGCUGUCUUUGUUACUGAAGAACCUGGAAUCCAGUCCAUUUUCGGCACUGGUUCUGCGCCGAUUGAGUUCUGGCUCAUUCCGAUCCCGAUGGCGUUGGGUAUUUUGUUCAUGGAUGAGUUGCGGAAGCUUGCUGUGAGACUUUGGCCAAGUGGUCCGGUAGCGAAGAUUGCCUGGUGAUUUCCCAGUGAUACACUUUUUAUUACCUAGAUCAUGUCAUGCAUAUUAUGACUAGCCAGUUUAUAGUCUAAAAGGUCACCCUAUUUAGUGACAUGAUUAGAAAUACAAUUUUCGGGUUAUG